CGCGGAGGCUGCAGCCAUUGCACAGCGGAGCAUCCCACAUUCAACAGGAGGAACCCGCGGGAGAGGAGCCCGAGCCCCCCGCGCCGCAGCCGCCGCAGCCCGUGCGCCCCGCGCCCCCCGUGCGCCAUGGCCAAGGAAGGCGUGGAGAAGGCGGAGGAGACGGAGCAAAUGAUCGAGAAGGAGGCAGGCAAGGAGCCUGCGGAGGGCGGCGGCGGCGGCGGCUCUCACCGCCUCGGGGACGCCCAGGAGAUGCGCGCCGUGGUGCUGGCCGGCUUCGGGGGGCUCAACAAGCUGCGGGUCACCAGGAAGGCCAUGCCCGAGCCGCAGGACGGCGAGCUCAAGAUCCGCGUCAAAGCCUGUGGAUUAAACUUCAUUGACUUGAUGGUACGACAAGGGAACAUCGAUAACCCUCCUAAGACUCCCCUGGUGCCAGGAUUUGAGUGUUCUGGGAUCGUGGAAGCUCUGGGGGACAGCGUGAAAGGAUACGAGAUCGGGGACCGUGUCAUGGCAUUUGUCAAUUACAAUGCCUGGGCAGAGGUGGUCUGCACGCCAGUGGAAUUUGUCUACAAGAUCCCAGAUGACAUGAGCUUCUCAGAGGCUGCCGCAUUCCCCAUGAACUUCGUCACAGCCUAUAUGAUGCUCUUCGAAGUUGCCAACCUCCGAGAAGGAAUGUCCGUGCUGGUGCACUCAGCUGGCGGUGGUGUGGGUCAAGCUGUGGCUCAGCUGUGUUCCACUGUCCCCAAUGUGACUGUCUUUGGAACAGCUUCUACUUUCAAGCACGAAGCAAUCAAAGGCUCCAUGACCCACCUCUUUGACAGAAAUGCAGACUACGUGCAAGAAGUGAAAAGAAUCUCUGCGGAAGGAGUGGACAUUGUACUGGACUGCCUCUGCGGGGACAACACUGGAAAAGGUCUCAGCCUUCUCAAACCACUGGGAACCUAUAUUUUAUAUGGUUCAUCCAACAUGGUGACUGGAGAGACCAAGAGCUUCUUUAGCUUUGCCAAAUCGUGGUGGCAGGUCGAGAAGGUGAACCCCAUCAAGCUCUAUGAAGAGAACAAAGUCAUCGCAGGAUUUUCCCUUUUAAACCUGCUCUUCAAACAGGGCCGUGCGGGCCUCAUUCGAGGAGUAGUGGACAAACUCACUGAGCUCUACAACCAGAAGAAGAUCAAGCCCGUGGUCGACUCCCUUUGGGCCCUGGAGGAGGUGAAGGAGGCCAUGCAGCGGAUCCACGACCGAGGAAACAUCGGCAAGUUAAUUCUGGAUGUAGAGAAGACCCCGACUCCACUGAUGGCCAACGACAGCACAGAGACCAGCGAGGCGGGGGAAGAGGAGGAGGACCACGAGGGCGACAGCGAGAACAAGGAGCGGAUGCCCUUCAUCCAGUAACCCAGGACCCUGGCAGGAGAACACGGAGGAUGAUUUGGAACAAGAGGAGCCGGUGGAGAAAGUUCUUCUGUGCCCCAGUGAACAAAUGCUGUAGCCCACUGUGUGUUGUGUUUGUCUGCAGUCAGCUGAGCUAAAAAGCUGUUGAUCACUGUUGUUUUUGAAAUUAAGUGCCAAUCCCAUCCCACGCAGUAUUAAGUCCCUCCCCCACCUGUGUGUUACUCUCUCCCCUGUCCCCUCCUUCACAACCAUCCAUCUUUGGGUCCUUCUUGACAGUUCUUAGAACAGCCUUGCAAAUUAAUACAAGCCCUCAGGCCCAGUGCCUACAAGACCAGACGUGGGCAAAGACAAGUUUCGACUGAAGGGUGUUAUCUUAAGAGCAGCGUCCAGAUCCUGGGAAGCUUCAGGCCAGCGACACUUUUUGCCUCCAGCCACCCAUGAUUCUGACAAGAGCGCUUGCCAAUGUGGCUGGCAGAAAGAGGGUAGGCCGGGAGGUGUUUUCAUGAGCCCAUACAUUUAGGAUCUCUCCAAACAAUCCUUUCCCUCUCCCCGUUCAAGAGGCAACUUCCUUACAUGCAUUGAGUUGUUUAAUGGUCCAGAGGUUGAACCACUCUCCUCUCAGCCUCUGAUGCUUGAUCCCUUCACUGGUUCUUAACCAUCAACACAGGAAAACAGACGUGGAGUUUUCAGGAUAGAGGAUGGGUCAACAGCAUGAGUUUGAGGACCAGCCACAGAGACUUCUCCUCUGAAACCAUGUCUCAUGAGCAAAAUCCUCCCCUCCCCCACCACGUACAUUUUAUUUCAAUUGUAAGAAAACUCACCACGUGUGGGACUAUUUCAGAGGUCAUUACCGAGAUUUGCCUACAUUUGCACACCUGCCACGGGCAUUACCGAUUUUGCUAUUUCCAUUUCCUGGUAGUGAGCAGCUACCUUUACCAAGGAUCCCCCGGGGAAGACCUCCCUUGUAGACCAUAUUUGGGGAAAAAGAAAAUCAGUGAGUGUCUCUUUUCUUGCCAAAGCAUGUUCCGACAUGUAACAAACUCUAGCGAUACAAACGGUUGACGUUCAGUAUCUGAUGCCAAGAGUGCAGUUCCUCUCCUCUGAAAUAUAAGAUUACGGUGCAGACUCUUUGUAGGGCCCCUGCUUUUUGGUAAUCGGGGACCAAAGUACUUGAUUGCACACCCUUGUCCGAUUUUCCAGCUCCUAAACUCCUAGGAAACCCCACACCCAGCCCCACCAUACUUGACAUGCCUUGAGGCGAACCUUUCCCCUGAUGGAUGAGGAAGAGUCUCAGUGUCUCCACAAGGGGGCUCCUCAUUCACUGCUCCUACUCCUGGCUCAAAGGGUGACUCCUUCAUUCACAAACCAAGCUGGAGACACAUGGAGCCCACACUAUUAGCAACCCCCCCCCAAGUCACUUUGCUUUCUGGAAGACCUUGGAGGGCUCCCACCUUGCUCCACCUCUCCACCAGUGAGCCUUAGGGUCGACCCAACUCUUUCCCCAAAUGAUGGGAAUGAAUGCAUUCCAGCAAUUACCUUUUCAUUUCCAAAGUCCUUUUGUAACAAAUGUCACCUCAUUAAUCACAUUCUUUUUUUUUCCUACCCCAAGCUUGUGAUGAUGACUUAUUUAUGCCAAAUAUUUAUCUGAAGGGAGUUUCUCCUCGUUGUGAAUGUACUUGUAAAAUAUGAAGGCAAAAAAGGGUGCCGCCAUCUGAUGAGCAGGGAGGUGACAGUAUCUCAGAAGACACUGACAUCUUCUGUUCAUACCCCAAGACUCACCGGCGUUUCAUUUCUGGGCCACGUAGAAAGAUAAUGUGGAGGUUUAUCUCCCCACCCCCAAAACUUUCGCUAAAUGCUGUAUUAUUGGUCGUGUUUCUCCCAUAACCAAGCUGACAAUGAGGUUUUAAGGAGAACCACCCAAGUGACAUUCCUGGUGAGCUGGACAGAAAUGGCAUUUUCUAGGGUUGGGGUAACAAAGAGCCAGCGGCCACAUCAGGGCUGUCCUCUGCGAGGGGGGCGAGAACUCUCUUCGCAGAGUCCCACCACUGGCCUUUGUUCUGUCCAGAGGAGAGGCAUUUAAAAAAAAAAAAUCAUGCUUCCCCAAAUCUGUUUUUCAACUAGCAAGAUUAAUACAGUCAAAUUAUGGCCGUUGGUUAAAGAAGAAACCCUUUUGGCUCCUCGGAAUACAGAGUGAGAAGGAAAACUAGAGUCUCACUAUCAAGGUCAGGUUGUGCCCUGAAGAACAGGAUAAAUGCCAAAAUUAACCCUUUAAUGCACCCUCGUUUUUUAAGCACCUUCUUCCUGUCACGUGAUUGGUUUUCUGAAGGAAAUGUAAAGAAAGUCUCAGUUUGCCUUAAAGGAACUGUGAAGGCUUCUCUGUCAUCUAAACUUGAUUGGAGUGAACUGAAACAUUGUCUAAUGUAUUUGUGGCUUUAGAGCUUUUGUUACAUUGUGCCUACAAAGCAAAUUAUGUUUACAUAAAAUAUAUAAUAAAGUAUUCAGCAUAGCAUAACCUA